AUGUUGAAACUUUCACGAGGAGUUCCAUUGGCUUCUGUAACUAAAUUCUCAACUAAAUCUAUCAAAUGUCGACCCGUUUAUCCACUUCAACAUCUAUCCGAAAAUGAGAUGAAACUUGUCGAAAAAGUCAAAGAGUUUGCUACGUCAAAAGUGAAACCACUCGUUAAAGAGAUGGAUCGAAAUGCAAAAUUAGACAAAAAUCUCCUGAAAGCAGCAUUUGAUUCGAAACUGAUGGGAUUGGAAAUCGAUGAAAAGUACGGUGGAUCGGGAUCAUCAUUCUUUGAAACCGUUCUUACUGUAGAAGAAUUAUCGAAGAUUGAUCCAGCAUUUGCACUGACAAUUCAUUUACAAAACGCCCUGAUUGCACCAAUGCUCAGUGAAUAUGGCAAUGAAGAGCAGAAGGAAAAGUAUCUGAAGAAAGUUUGCACUAAUUCGAUUGGAUCAUUUGCUCUUUCGGAGACUGUAUCUGGAUCAGAUGCAUUUGCAAUGAAAACAACUGCAACAAAAGACAACAAUGAUUUUCUCAUAAAUGGCUCGAAAUGGGGAAUUAGUAAUGCUCCUAUUGCUGAUUUCUUUCUUGUUUUGGCAAAUGCAGAACCAGAAAAAGGAUAUCGAGGAAUCACUUGUUUCUUGAUUGAUAGAGAUCAAGAAGGAGUUGUUGUAGGGGAACAUGAUGACAACCUCGGAAUGCGUGCUGGAACGACAGCUCAAGUCCACUUCAAUAACGUCCGGGUUCCGAAGUCAUCAAUUGUCGGAGAAUAUGGGAAAGGAUACAAAUAUGCAAUUGAUAUUCUGAAUGCUAGUCGUAUUUUGAUUGGGGCUCAAAUGGCUGGACUGGCUCAAGGAUGUUUUGAUCAGACGAUUCCAUAUCUCAGAGAGAGAAAACAAUUUGGAAGUAGACUCAUUGAUUUCCAGGGUCUUCAACAUCAAAUUGCGAAAGUUGGAACGGAAAUUGAAGCCGCUCGACUGAUGGUUUACAAUUCGGCAAGAAUGAAGGAUUGUGGUUUUCCGUUUGUGAAGGCAGCUUCGAUGGCGAAAUAUUAUGCACCUGAGGUGGCUUGUAAGACAACAAAAAUGUGUAUCGAAUGGCUCGGCGGAAGAGGAUUCACUAAAGAAUUCUCUGCCGAGAAGUUCUAUCGAGAUGCAGUUGUCGGAGGAAUCUAUGAAGGAACUUCGAAUAUUCAACUGAAUACAAUUGCAAAAUUCAUUGACAAUGAAUACAAAAAUAAGCUGUAA